AUGCUCUCCUGGAGGUUAGCAUCAGCCGUACUGACGGUUUGGUUUACGUUUGUUUUUUUGCCUGUCUGUCUGUCUGUCUAUCUAUCUAUCUAUCUAUCUAUCUAUCUCAUUUGUUGUUUAAAUAACUUUUCAUUCUUUCUUUCUUUCCUCUUUCUUUCUUUUCAUUUUCUUUCUUUCUUUCUUUCUUUCUUUCUUUCUCUCUCUCUCUUUCUCUCUCUUUUUCUUUCUUUCUUUUUUCUCUCCUCCCCCCUCUCUCUUUUUCUUUCUUUUUCUUUCUUUCUUUCUUUCUUUCUUUCUUUCUUUCAGUUUGUUGUUAUUUCUUUCUUUUUUCUUUUUUUAUUUCUUUCUUUCUUUCUUUCUUUCUUCCUCUCUCUCUCUCUCUCUCUCUCUCUUUUCUUUCUUUCUUUCUUUCUUUCUUUCUUUCUUUCUUUUUCUUUAAUUUCUCGCCACAUUUUUCCAGUUUGUUGUUAUAAAUCUGCCCUUCUCUGUUCUCUCUCUCUCUCUCUUCUCUCUCAUUUUCUUUCUUUCUUUCUUUCUUUCUUUCUUUCUUUCUCCUCCUUCUCUCUCUCUCUCUUUUCUCCUCUUUUUCUUUCUUUCUUUCUUUCUUUCUUUCUUUUUUCUUUCUCUUCUUUCUUUCUUUUCUUUCUUUCUUUCUUUCUUUCUUUCUUUCUUUUCUUUCUUUCUUUCUUUCCUCUCCUCUCUCUCUCUCUCAUUUCAUUUCUUUCUUUCUUUCUUUCUUUCUUUCUUUCUUUCUUUCUUUCUUUUCUCUCUCUCUCUCUCUUUCUCUUUCUCUCACUCUUUUCUUUCUUUCUUUCUUUCUUUCUUUCUUUCUUUCUUUCUUUCUUUCUUUCAGGUUCUUUAAUUAAGGUCUCGCCACAUUUCUUUCUUUCUUUCUCCCCCUCUCUCUCUCACUCAUUUUCUUUCUUUCUUUCUUUCUUUCUUUCUUUCUUUCUUUCUUUCUUUCCCUUCUCUCUCUCUCUCUCUCUCUCUCUCUCUCUCUGA